UACGUAGUUUACUCAAAAGUAGGGUGUACUUAGAAGUGAUUUCUGAGGUCAUUUCUGAACUUUCUCUUCUCCGGGUAAAGAUGCACGGAGACCAACAGUAAUUUGAGGUUUUCCGCACUGAAUAUUAAGUUGGUUCUUUUCUAAGAAAGAAAACAACUUCAGUUUUCUUUAGGUUGUCCUGUUGUGGGACACCAGCAGAGGGGUUUUUAAAGCUAAAGUUGAGCAACUCUCAUUGUGCUGACUGUCAUUUCCUUGUGCCUGAAAUCGGGUUUUGCUUUACUCUUGCUCCUCUGUGUUGCAGCUGGUGGACAGUGAGGUGGUUAUGCUCUCCGCACACUGGGAGAAAAAGAAGACGAGCCUCGUCGAGUUACAGGAGCAGCUACAGCAGCUUCCAGGUCUAAUAGCAGAUUUAGAAUCCAUGGCAGCAAAUCUGACUCACUUAGAGGCUAGCUUUGAGGAAGUAGAAGACCAUCUGCUGAAUCUGGAGAAUUUAUGUGGACAGUGUGAAUUAGAAAGAUACAAACAUAUGCAGUCCCAACAAUUGGAAAGUUACAAGAAAAAGAAGAGGAAGGAACUUGAAACCUUCAAAGGCCCUGACCCCGAGUGUUCUGUUUCCGUAGCUGAACUCGAUGCAGAGCACACCCAGAAGGUCCUGGAAAUGGAGCACACCCAGCAGACGAAGCUGAAGGAGCGGCAGAAGUUUUUUGAGGAGGCGUUCCAGCAGGACAUGGAACAGUACCUGUCCACGGGCUACCUGCAGAUAGCGGAGAGGCGAGAGCCCAUGGGCAGCAUGUCGUCCAUGGAGGUGAACAUCGACAUGCUGGAGCAGAUGGACCUCAUGGACGUGUCUGACCAGGAGGCCCUGGACGUCUUUUUGAACUCCGGCAGCGAAGACCCCGCUGUGCCGUCUCCGGCCGCAGCUUCUCUGUUGUGUUUGCAGGGCCCGAAGCGGGCGGCGGGCCGAUCGAAGUCACCCUCCAGGUUCCCAGGCCCUCCGCGUCGCGAGCCGAGCCGCCGUCCUCGCCGUCCGCGCAGGCCCCCGGCGACGGCGGAGAGUCCCCCGUCGUCCAGUCCGACGAGGAGGGAGUGGAGGUGGACACGGCCCUCGCCACCCUGCACACCGACGACAGCGACUCGUAGGUGUGUGCGCCCCGCCCUGGAGGCAGGUGCCGUCCCCGAGGCUCCUGGUCGUGACGCAGUUGCCGCCGCCGGCGCGUGAGGCCCUGACUGUACAAACCGCUGACAAUAAAGCUUGCGGACUUCA